UUGAGCUCCGUAACAUCGCUGGCUUCCCAGCGCUCACAGUCAUGAAAUAAAGCGGCUGAUUAUUACGACCGUAACAGCCACAUUGGACUCCCUAAAGCGGUUGAUUUUUUAAUUUUUUUGGACUGAUUAAUGCUUUAAAAGGCGCUUGUUUUAUCUGUGUGACGUUGGAUGAUAGUCCUGAAGAUUUGCCAAACUGGACAGGAAUGUAACAGCACCAUUGUUUUAAUCAGCCCGUGAAGUUGGACCUAGCCUGAAAAGAAACCAAAAUUGAACACUGACCAGAUUUUGUGGCAUCAACAACCGAGGAUCAGAUUUCGGAAAUAAUUGGCUUAUUUGUAUUACAGCAUUUCAAAUAUUUUUAAGGUCGUUCACACAUGCUUUUAUCUUUCCUGACCUGAUUUGUUUGCCAUUUCGUGCAUGUUAAAGUGCUGCAUUGACAGAUUAGCAUCUGAGAGUAGUUUAAUGUUAGCCUAACCUUUAUGUGAGUUGCAAGCAUUGUCUUAUUAUUAAUAAUUUUUUGAUGUAAUGGUUUAACACUAAACAACAGACUUGCGUCUCGUGCAGUCAUCUAUUUCUCUAGUGAGGAUUUUUAAACAAGCAUUCAAUUCUUUAGCCUUUCCCUGGUUUGAAAAUUCUGGUCCUAACACUGCAAAACUCCUGUUUCCAUUCAAAAUGUAAUAGUUAGACUGUCACAGCCUGGCAUGAAUUAUUUAAACCCUGCUGCUCACUUAUUAGUUACUUGGUUUCCUGCCGGACAAAAGUCUUGACAUUUGCAGUUUGACCAAGUGUGAAUGUGACCAGAAUCCUAAAGUGUUUCAGCUCUUUUUUUUGACUCAAAACUUGAUUCUUCAACCGUCAAGACUUCGCACCAAACAUUUUUUAAACAUUUAUUUAGGCGAAAAUGUCUUAUCUUUGCCGUUCAAAGCGUAGAAAAACUAUGUGAGGAGAAUGAUGCUGUAUUCUGGACUCGACACGCUUCAGAUAUCACGAAGUAUCCGGAAUUAAGUCGAAAGGCAUAUCUAGAUGAAUUUUAUUUGAUGAACUUCAAACCUCAUAACACAGCUUUUUGUGGAUAUACGGACAUACAUCAUGGGUGACGCUAAUUUAAACGACUCGAACGUGAAGGUGGCUGUACGAGUCCGACCUAUGAACCGGAGAGAAAAGGAUCUGAACACAAGAUGCGUUGUGGAAAUGGACGGGAGUCAAACUUUACUGUAUCCAGCAAACCUGGGAAAAGAUUCCAGCAGGGGUCAGCCAAAGGUCUUCGCCUACGACUACUGUUUUUGGUCAAUGGAUGAAUCAGAAACAGAGAAAUUUGCUGGUCAAGAUGUAGUAUUUCAGUGCCUUGGGGAGAGUCUUUUGCACAAUGCAUUUCAGGGUUACAAUGCCUGUAUUUUUGCAUACGGACAGACUGGUUCUGGAAAGUCUUACACCAUGAUGGGUUCGGUGGACCAGCCCGGUUUGAUCCCCCGACUCUGUAGUUCGCUGUUCGAGCGGACCAUUCAACACCAGCGAGAAGGGGAGAGCUUUACUGUUGAAGUCUCUUACAUGGAAAUAUACAACGAGAAAGUUCGAGACCUGUUGGACCCCAAAGGAAGUCGACAGGCCUUGCGGGUGCGAGAACAUAAGGUUUUAGGGCCGUAUGUAGAUGGACUAUCUAGACUUGCAGUAGAAAGUUACAAGGACAUUGAGUCAUUGAUGUCUGAAGGGAACAAGUCCCGCACUGUGGCCGCCACCAAUAUGAAUGAGGAGAGCAGUCGCUCCCAUGCGGUUUUCAAAAUCAUCCUCACACACACACUAAAGGAUCUGCAGUCAGGGACAAGUGGAGAGAAGGUGAGCAAGUUGAGUUUGGUGGACCUGGCAGGAAGUGAGAGAGCUGCAAAGACGGGUGCUGCAGGCGAGCGGCUCAAGGAAGGCAGCAACAUCAACAAGUCUCUGACAACUCUGGGUUUGGUGAUCUCAGCCUUGGCAGAGCAGGGCGCUGGAAAGAACAAGAAUAAGUUUGUGCCCUACAGGGAUUCAGUGCUCACAUGGCUACUAAAGGACAGCCUUGGGGGAAACAGUCGGACCGCUAUGGUUGCCACCGUGAGCCCAGCGGCGGAUAACUAUGACGAGACCCUGUCCACGCUACGCUACGCUGACAGGGCGAAGAGCAUCGUCAACCAUGCCAUUGUCAACGAAGACCCCAAUGCAAGAAUUAUCAGAGAACUCAGAGAGGAGGUGGAGAAAUUGCGAGAUCAGCUGACGCAGGCUGAGUCUAUGAAGGCACCCGAGCUAAAGGAAAGGUUGGAGGAAUCCGAAAAAUUGAUCCAGGAGAUGACGGUCACCUGGGAAGAGAAACUAAGGAAGACGGAGGAAAUUGCACAAGAGAGGCAAAAACAGCUGGAAAGCCUUGGCAUCUCUCUGCAGUCAUCGGGCAUCAGGGUUGGUGAAGAUAAAUGUUUCCUGGUCAACCUCAAUGCUGACCCCGCUCUUAAUGAGCUGCUCGUCUAUUACCUCAAGGAACAUACUAAAGUUGGAUCAGCUGACUCCCAGGAUAUUCAGCUUUGUGGGAUGGGCAUCCAAGCAGAGCAUUGUGUCAUUAACAUCACACCCGAGGGAGCCGUCUUUAUCAACCCAUACAGAAAUUCGAGAACCUGUGUGAAUGGAUCUCCAGUCACAAGUCGGCAACAGCUUCACCACGGUGACCGUAUUUUUUGGGGAAACAACCACUUUUUCAGGAUAAACCUACCGAAGCGACGUUCACGAGGCGAGGAAGAUGAGGGUGAGGGGAACAUGAAGAACAGUAACAGCAACGAGCAGCUGGACGGAGAAGGUGACACGGCCAGUGAGGUGUCCAGCGAGGUCAGCUUCAGCUAUGAGUUUGCUCAGACAGAGGUCAUGAUGAAGGCUCUGGGCAGCAACGAUCCCAUGCAGGCUGUUUUGCAGUCUCUGGAGCGACAGCACGAGGAGGAAAAGAAGACCGCUCUGGAACGGCAACGGCUCAUGUACGAGCAGGAACUGCAGCAGCUGCGCAGACAGCUGACCCCAGACAGACAGAGCAUGCAGAUACCGCAGUCGCAGCCAUUGCAGCCACAGUACCGCAGCUUGGAAAGACUGAGCCAGGGAGGAAUGUCAUCAUCGGCCAGCACACAUCGCUUGCGUCAAUGGAGCGAGGAGAGGGAGGCGAUGCUUACGCGAAGUUUGAGAAAGCUAAGGGAGCAGAUUGUACGAGCUAAUCUGUUAGUCCAAGAGGCGAGCUUCAUCUCUGAAGAACUGGACAAAAAAACAGAGUACAGAGUCACUCUACAGAUACCUGCCGCAAACCUCAACGCCAACAGGAAGAGAGAUGCUGUUCUGAGUGAACCUGCUGUCCAAGUGAGGAGAAAAGGCAAAGGAAAGCAGAUCUGGGCCCUUGAGAAGAUGGAAAAUCGAUUGGUGGAUAUGCGAGAGCUUUACCAGGAGUGGAAGGAGUUUGAUGAGGAUAAUCCUGUGAUGAGGUCAUACUUCAAAAGAGCCGACCCUUUCUUUGAUGAGCAGGUGAACCACAGUUUGAUCGGUGUGGCCAACGUCUUCCUCUCCUGCCUCUUCUAUGACGUAAAGCUACAAUACGCCAUUCCCAUCAUUAAUCAGAAAGGAGAGGUUGCCGGGCGACUGCACGUGGAGGUAAUGAGAGUGGGUGGAGGCUUUGAUGAUGGAGUAGCAGGAGGAGAUGAAAGUGAUGGAAGCCCUGAUGGUGAAGUGCAGGAACGUAAACUGGUCUGUAUGAUUAAGAUCCUUCAGGCUACAGGUCUCCCCCAGUACCUGUCCAAUUUCGUCUUCUGUCAGUAUUCAUUCUGGGACCAGGCCGAGCCCAUAAUUGUUGCACCUGAAGUAGAUCCAUCAGCGUCUUUCUCCAGCAGUAAAGACCCUCACUGCAUGGUGGUGUUUGACAGCUGUAAGGAGCAUGCUGUGACCGUAACAGAGGAGUUUAUAGAGUAUCUGACAGAAGGUGCAGUGGCCAUCGAAGUGUUCGGACACAGGCAGGCUGACCCGGGCAGAAACCCAGCGCUGUGGGACCUCAGCAUUAUCCAAGCCAAGACACGCACGUUACGUGAUAGGUGGAGCGAGGUCACACGUAAGCUGGAGAUGUGGGUGCAGAUACUGGAGCUGAAUGAGAACGGAGAGUACAUGCCUGUGGAGGUGGUGCCAGCACGAGAUGUUCGUACGGGUGGCGUCUUCCAGCUUAAGCAGGGACAGUCUCGGCGAGUGCAGGUGGAAGUGCGAUCAGUGCAGGACUCUGGCACGAUGCCUUUGAUAGCAGAAAUCAUUCUGGGGGUUUCCAUCGGCUGUGUGGAGAUCAGGCAGGCAUUGAUGACCAAAGCCAGUGAGCCGCAAGAGCUUGAGAGUGACGAAAUGGACAGUUAUCAGGAGAGAGAUUUAGAGCGUCUGAGGGGUCAGUGGCUCACCGCCCUCACAAAGAGACAAGAAUAUCUGGACCAACAUCUACAGACGCUGGUCAGCAAAACAGAUAAAUCAGAGGAUGACGUGGAGAGAGAGGCUCAGCUGCUGGAAUGGCGUCUGACGCUCACAGAGGAGAGAAAUGCGGUGAUGGUGCCCUCUGCUGGCAGUGGAAUACCAGGAGCUCCGGCUGAAUGGGUACCAGUACCUGGAAUGGAAACACACAUUCCAGUGCUGUUCCUCGACUUGAGCGCGGAUGACUUCAACUCUCAGGAGAACCUGGACGUUCCUGAGGCAGGAGGUUGGGAUGCAACACUCAGCUCGGAGGAUGAGGACGAAUUUUUCGACCUCCAGAUCGUGAAACACUAUGAUGGAGAGGUGAAAGCAGAGGCAUCCUGGGACUCCACAGUUCACGAGUGCCCGCAGUUGAGCCGAGGGGCCGCUUCUGAUCAGAGGGUCUACUUGAUAAUUCGCACUGUGGUGCAGCUUAGUCACCCUGCAGAGAUGCAGUUAGUCUUGCGCAAACGCAUCUGCGUCAACCUCACUGGACGACAGGGUUUCGCUCAAAAUUUCCUAAGGAGAAUGUCCACCAGGAGCACCAUUCCUGGCUGCGGUGUGACCUUUGAGGUCGUCUCCAAUGUACCAGGGCAGGAUACUCAGAACUCAGAAGACAGGGAGAUGUUGGCCCGGGUGGCGGCUAGCGCUGAGAAUCCCAAAUCCUCAGACAAUGAAGCUGCUAUAGAGAAGUAUUUGCGGAGCGUCUUGGCUGUGGAGAACAUUCUCACACUGGAUCGCUUGAGACAGGAAGUAGCCGUGAAGGAGCAUUUGGCAGGUAAAGGCAAAGGCAGCAGACGCAGUCUCAGCUCUCCCAGCGUGCACCGGUUAUCUGGAAGCAGACAGGACCUGUCACUCAGCUCUGUGUUGGAUGACAACAAGAAUCGAUGGGAGAGUCAGCAAGAUAUCUUCAUGACAUCAUCGCAGUACAGUAAAACACUGCCGCGGCAAUCUAGACCACCCACACCCCCUAUGGCGAGUCAAGAGCCUGAGCAAGGGUUUUCAGGGCUUGCUGCUUCUUAUAUCUCCCCAGUCAAGGCUCUGGUCCCUCAGAUGCCCAAACUUCUCAAGUCCCUGUUCCCGGCACGAGAAGACAAGAAAGAUCUGAGACCCUCUCCGCACUCCCAACAGCACAUGCCUCGAAUAAUAAUGCAAACAGCCAACAGUCCCGAUGAAGGAAGAGUUCGAACAGAACCGGUUACAGUGAUGGGGAAGAGUACCGCUUCAGACAGACACCCGGACGGAUCAGACGCCCCCUCCUCCUCUACGCAUGAUCCGCAUGACCUGCCCUUAAGCCCCAUCAGCGAAGCCUCCAGUGGUUAUUUCUCAUCUAGCGUCUCCACUGCCACUCUUUCCGACGUCUCCAUAGCUUGCGGGGACACCGUACCUACCGCAAAUACCCAUAUCAGCCCUGUAGCAUCCAGACACGGAGGGGAAAAUAGUGAGGACUGUGUAGCAAACCCUGUUAGUGCUCCUGUAGAAGCUGGCCCCGCCGAACCUGUGAGCCUCAAAGACACGGAGGGAGGUCGCAGGAAUGGCGUCACCACCUCACAGCUAAACGUCAGCACCACAACGGACAACCCUUUCUCCCUCCAAAAGGUCAAAGCUAAUGAACUCAGGUCUUUCAGUAACAUUCUCGGACAGGAAAAAGAAUACGGCGGAGGAAAAGCUACCACAACGCAAGUUCAGCAAACGAAUACCCUUGAGAAGCUGGAGAUAAGUUUAGAUGAUGAUGUGAAUAAAAGCGGAGAACCUAAGGAACUUGCUUGGCUCAAGGUGGGAGGAAGAGUAACCGUGGGAAACAGCAAAUCGGGGACUGUACGAUACAUCGGCCCGACACACUUCUCUGAUGGGGUCUGCGUCGGGGUGGAACUAGAUACUCCAUCAGGUAAAAAUGAUGGUUCCGUUGAGGGUCACCAGUAUUUCCGCUGUAACCCUGGUUAUGGAGUACUGGUACGUCCAGAUCGCCUGAGUCGAAGGGAACCGAAUAAAAGGCAGAGCGAAAAUCGCCGAAGUGGGGACUUCAGUCGACCACUCAGGGGUGGAGCCAACACUGCCAUUAAGAAAGACCAUCGGAAAUCCUGGACCAGCUAAUUGACAUGGACCCUGACUUUGACAGAACCACCAGGUGUUCUUAUACAGUAGCUGAGCUUCCCCCUCCUAAAUCUGAAUCUAAUGGAGGAGAUCUCUAUUCAUCACUGUGCUUGGGCUAAUCCAGACACCCAAUUUUGCACUGAGGUGGUACAAUGGUCUUUCACGCCGUCUUUAUAGCAGCUGCUAUGCUAACGUGUAGCAUGUGGGAGUGGAUUUUUAACAAUGCGUUAAUGGAGCUGCGUGUUCAAAAAUCCAUUUCUGGAUAAAUACUUAAAAUCAUGUUUGAUUGAUCUUCCCUGCUAGGUCAGUAAUGGGUUUUUAGGAUCCUGAAUGUGCCUUUUAAGUCAAGUCGGUUUAUGUUCCCCUUUGUAAUACUUGUUAGGGCUUGGAAAUGGUGUGGUGGGCAUGAGCGAGGUUAUCUCAGGGAUCGAAUACGGUAUGUGUUGGAUGUGUUGGUUUUUUUUUAGUGCAAAGCCACUAUGGAAAGUUUAAGCAGUGCGCCCUUCUGUUUAAAAGAUAGGUGCUGCCGUAAGCAGGUAAACGCAGGUAGUUGAUGUUUCGAAAUUGUCAAGUGCUACUGUUACAGCGAGGACAAAAUUCACGUUUAUUUGGCAAGGUGCCAAAUCCAUCAGUAUUGAUAGGUUUGUUCAUUUUUGUUAUCUGAUAAUGUUAUGAUGAGAUUUGACUGAAUUGGCACAUUCAGGGUUAAUUGAACUGGCUUAUACUUUCCUAAUGUUGGACUGAAAUACAUUUCGGUAUUUCAGAAGGGCUUAUUUAUAACACUGAAUACAAUCUGAUGGGUUGGGACACAGUUUAGUCAGCAUUUUAGCUGGAGGUAUGGAAAGUGAUUGACAGGUAGCUCAGUUUGAUUGGCCUACAAUAAAAAAUAUAUAUAUAAUACUGUAAAAGCACAUUCCAGUUUGCUCAUUGGACCAAUUACUGGCAAUACCUGCGACUUAUUUAUUAUUCAUAAAAGAUUCAAAAUCAUUACUUUUUUUUUAAAAGCAUACUUAUCUUAAAACAUUAUGAUGGAGAGAACAGACGCGUUAUUCCAUUGCCUUUUAUAUUCUAUUUUCGUGGAAGUCAUCGUGCGAUUUCUGAAAUCUAAUGCAAUAUCAGAUUAUUAAAAAAAAAUCUAUUUUAAUGGUUGUAGGUAUGUAUAUUGAUUUUAUAAAGUGUACAAAAAAUACCAUGAAUGGAAAUUAAUUUGCACAUUUGAUUUAUAGUACAUAAUAGUAUGGUGCCCAAAGGGUGCUUUUUAGUUGUAAAUUAACUUAAACUAACCAAUGAUUCACUGUAAAUCUGCGUUUCACUGGAUUCGGUGCUCAAGUCAAAGCAUUUCUAAAUUUGCAUUUCUCCACUUUGCGUUUGCCUUGAUUUUUAUGUUUAUGUUGAGGUCUUCCCGUCGUUUUCUUAUUCUUGAUCUGUGCCUAAUUCAUGGAGAAAACAAGAAACGCACACACAAUGAGAACGACUUGACCAUUGCUGCUGUGAUUAGAGACCCCGGUGUCUUCAGGAUAGAUACUAGUUAGCGUUUGACUUUUCUUAAUGGUCUUCUUCGCUCCUCUAUGACAUCACUGUUUUAGGAGUCAUUUCAACUUGAUUAAUACAGUAGCAAUAACACUCGUACAGCUUUGGUUUAUCAGUUUGAAAAUACGUCUUUGUGCCGCCAUAAAGGGGGAAUGAACUCGAUGACUUUCAAUGAGCUGAUCUCCUUGGCCCUACAUUUCAAUCUUAAAUACUAUUAGUUUAUAUUUUAAGUGCAAUUUAUUUUAUUAAAUACAUCUGGUCUGGUGAAAGUCUACUUCAUACUGUUGUAUAGUGCGUAGAUUGAGAGCCAUAUCCAAACAACCACACAGUGGCCUUUUGAAGUCCAUUCGAUACGGGACUCUGCUGACCUGAUACAGGUGUGGAGGCAGUGGGGCGUAGUGCUCUCCCCCAUUACAAAUCUUGUCUAUUACAGGCAGCAGAGGCUUUGAAAGAAGCUACAAACCCUGCUGUUGCUGUUUACACAGAUGAAAAUCUUGCUGUUGUACUUGACUGUUUGUCUUUAGUUUCUCUGAGAAGCGAGUGGAGGUUGUCAUCUUUGUUGAGUAGCAAUGGUUAGUGCCUCAUCCUGGGGUUGUACUUUAAUGGAGCGUUUGGACCCCCAAGUAUAUCCGCGUGUGUUUGUGUGUGUCUUAUGUAAAUAGUCGCACCUUGUGAGUUCAAUCUGAGCACAAGUAUGGGUUUGAUUAUUUUAAUUAUCUGCAAUUUUAUGCUGAUAUCCAAAGAAUAAUCAUGUAUAAUUCAUUUAUAUUUUCUUUUAUAUUGACUGUACAAUAAUCUGGCUGUAAAGAAAAAUAAAAGGUGAAGUGAU